AUGAGCAGAGACAUCGACGAAGGGAGCGUUUCGGCGGCGACAGCAGGAGGAGAAGGAGGGGAAGUGGGUGACGAGCCGGUGGCCGGCGUCAGCGACGAGGCGGCAGUCGACUCGCACGAGAACGACUUGGUGAUGCCGGGGUUCCGGUUCCACCCGACGGAGGAGGAGCUGAUCGAGUUCUACCUCCGGCGCAAGGUGGAGGGCCGGCGCUUCAACGUCGAGCUCAUCACCUUCCUCGAUCUCUACCGCUUUGACCCAUGGGAGCUCCCCGCAAUGGCGGUGAUUGGGGAGAAGGAGUGGUUCUUCUACGUGCCCCGGGACCGCAAGUACCGGAACGGCGACCGGCCGAACCGGGUGACGGCGUCGGGGUACUGGAAGGCGACGGGGGCCGACAGGAUGAUCCGCGGCGAGAACAGCCGGCCCAUCGGCCUCAAGAAGACGCUCGUCUUCUACUCCGGCAAGGCCCCCAAGGGCGUCCGCAGCAGCUGGAUCAUGAACGAGUACCGCCUCCCGCCGCCCACCACCGACGCGGAUCUCUUCUACAAGUUUAUCCGAAGUUCACAAAAUGUUUCAUGCAUGCAGUCCGAGAUCUCGCUCUGCCGCGUGUACAAGCGCUCCGGCAUCGACGACGGCCACGGGAGGCCCUCCUCCAGCAACGCCCAAGCGGCCUCGGCGAGGCCGGGCACCUCACGCACCAUUAUUCCGCCGGCUGGCCAGCAGGUAUCAUCACCGUCGUCCACGCCGCUGUCACCGACGCAGCAGCCCAGCUUCCACGGCAUACUCGGCCAAGGCGAGUGCUCGUCGGCGCCGCUGCCAGCCAUCAUGGACCAGGCCACCCCGCACAAUAAUGCUCCGCAGCUGCAUCAGCCGCGGCCUCCUCCUCCCCCGAGGGCGAGCGCCUUUGCGUCGGCGAUGAGCUCAACGAUGUCGGUUGCGCCGGGCGCGAGGGGCUGCACGUACUCGCUCAUGGCCCUGGCAGACGCACCCAUGAUGGGCAGCAGUUCCACGCCGGGGGACGAGCUGAGCCGGCUGGUGGGCCACAGCCAGGCCUACCCUAACCACCCGGCCGUCGGCAGCCACUUCCUCCCCUCACCGUCGUCGUCGCAAAUUCCGCCCCUCGGAGAGAUGCCGGUGUCGCCGGCCGACAAGCUUUGGGAUUGGAUCCACCCUGACACCUCAGGCAGCAGGGACUACGGAAGUUCUAGUUUUAAAUGA